AAGAGCCAAUAACUGCUUCAAGCACACGCACAGAAACUCAAUAGCCCAAGAGCACGGAAAUGGAACCCCACCUGAUACACUGGUCUGAUCUCAUCCAAGAGGCUCUGAUCUACAUCUUCUCAAUGCUGGAUUUCGACUCUCUGAUUGCAGUCACACACGUGUGCCGAUCUUGGCGGGACGCUGCGAUCUACCCCGAGUGCUGGGACUCUGUCCAUCUCACCCUCCAUCAGAACUUCCUGGACCGCUUCAUCAGAGAUGCUGGACCACUCGAUCUCAAGACGCUGAAUUCGAUGUCGAUCCACGUGUUGGAACGUAGCGGAACGAGGGCAAGGUCGAUUUGCAUCGAUUCGAUUGCCAGUGACCAGAUGAUCGACACGAUCGCCGCCAGGUCCCCAUCAAUCGAAUCCCUCUCUCUCCGCAACUGUAACAGCAUAUCGAGCAGCAAGUUCAGCAAGCUAAUCCUGACUUGCAAGAACUUGAAAUUCAUCGACAUCAGCUCAUGCAACAUCACAACUGCAAAAACAAUUGAAGAAAUCGGCGAAAACUGUCUGAGUAUAGUGGGCCUCAAUUUGGCUCAUUUGCAAGUGACUGAAGAAAUGUUGAUAGCUAUGGGAAAAUUCAUGCCAAAGCUCAAGUGGCUCAAUCUUAAUAACACACCGAUCACGAACAAUAGCUUAUGUAGCAUUCUACAUUCUUGCAAUGAAUUGCAAUACUUAAGUGCCAUGUGGUGCCCGCGGCUCGACCCAAACAAGGAGAUCAUGGACAUGGCCAUGAAUAUUGCCGAGUUCAAAUGCGACCAAACGCUCGAUGAUCGCUUUGAAUGCGACGUUUCAUAUCUUGAUAAAUGGCUUCUUCAUUGGUUUCCUUAGUCAUGUAUGUUUUUUUCUUACGGAUUUAUACGACAUAUAACACAUGUACUAUACAUCUACUUUCUCUGUUUGAUGGUACAAAAUGUUCUAUACAUGAAGAGAA